GCGCCACACAUUGGAAUUACUGCACUGGCCAGAAUAAGUUGGAUCACGUCUGUCUUCACUGAAAUCCAAAAUCAUAUCAAAACUAUGGCGGUGUUGAGAAUAAGAACAAUGAGAUACUUUGGGGUUUGGACCUUCCUCGUAAUAGUGGCUGUGGUCUGUGCGCAAAGGGUCAAUGACCCUAGCAACAUGUCAAUCGUAAAAGAAACUGUGGAUAGACUGUUGAAAGGAUAUGACAUUCGCUUGAGGCCAGAUUUCGGAGGUCCCCCUGUGGGAGUGGGGAUGAAUAUAGACAUAGCCAGCAUAGACAUGGUAUCUGAAGUCAAUAUGGACUAUACAUUGACUAUGUAUUUCCAGCAAGCUUGGCGAGACAAGCGGUUAUCCUACUCGGAGAUUCCCCUCAAUCUCACCCUGGAUAACCGGGUAGCGGAUCAGCUGUGGGUCCCAGACACCUACUUCCUAAAUGACAAGAAGUCUUUUGUCCAUGGUGUCACAGUGAAAAACAGAAUGAUUCGACUCCAUCCAGAUGGAACCGUGCUCUAUAGCCUGAGGAUCACCACUACAGCAGCUUGUAUGAUGGACCUGAGACGAUAUCCGCUGGACGAACAAAACUGCACACUGGAGAUAGAGAGCUAUGGGUACACCACUGAUGACAUAGAGUUCUACUGGCGAGGAGGUCAUAACGCUGUGACGGGGGUGGAGAGAAUAGAACUGCCCCAGUUCUCCAUCGUGGACCACAAACUCAUCUCUAAGAAUGUCGUCUUCUCUACAGGAUCCUACCCCCGACUCUCCCUCAGCUUCAAGCUGAAGAGGAACAUUGGCUACUUCAUCCUGCAGACAUACAUGCCCUCUAUCCUGAUCACCAUCCUUUCCUGGGUCUCCUUCUGGAUCAACUAUGACGCUUCCGCUGCCAGAGUGGCUUUGGGAAUCACCACUGUGCUGACCAUGACCACCAUCAACACUCACCUGCGGGAGACGCUUCCCAAGAUCCCCUACGUCAAGGCCAUUGACAUGUAUCUUAUGGGUUGCUUCGUAUUCGUCUUCCUGGCCCUGCUGGAGUACGCCUUGGUCAACUACAUCUUCUUCGGCAGAGGACCCCAGCGCCAGAAGAGAGCGGCUGAGAAAGAAGCUGUCGCCAACAAUGAGAAAAUGAGAAUGGAUCCAAACAAGUGGUUGGUGGGAAAUGUAGUUCAGAGAGACGAUACUCUGUAUGCCAGAAUGAAACAGAGGGAUAUUGACGCUCAUGACUCGAUGUGGGAACCAAUCUUUGUGGACGAUGCAGCGAUAGGACUAGGCGAGGAAAAGAAUAAGAUGGACCCGCAUGAAAAUAUUCUACUGGGCACCAUAGAAAUGAAGAAUGAGAUGGGAGCAUCGGAGCUGACCCUUGGUCUCAGUGACCCCAGGAGCACCAUGUUGACUUAUGACAGCUCCACCCUGCAGUACCGCAAAGCAGGGCUGCAGGCCAGGCACAACUUUGGACGCAACACCCUGGAGCGCCACAUGCCUCAGAAGAAGAACCGGCUACGGAGGCAUGCUUCACAGCUGAAGAUCAACAUUCCCGAUUUGACUGAUGUAAACUCUAUCGACAAGUGGUCGAGAAUGAUCUUCCCCACUGUCUUUUCUUUGUUCAACAUAAUCUAUUGGCUCUACUACGUCAACUAAAUGGACUUCAGCAAGGGCAGAAUUAAACAAACAACAAAGGAAAUGUUGCUUGUUUUUCUCUGAAUAGUUAUAAUUUUGCUGUUUGUUCUUGCAACACAAGACUGAAUUACUAAAACAAAAUCAGGACUGACUCCAUUUUACCUUGGAACACCUUAAUUGCUGGCUAACACAUGAAAACCUUAGAGGAGAGAGAGAGAAAUUCAGAACAUAUACUGUAUGGUGCCUGUACCAGAGUUUUUGUUUAUAAUUUUACAAGUAGAAUAUUUAGUGAAUUUAGUAUUUGAUCAUUUUUAAAUGUUUGUUUGCAUAUAUUUGUAUGUUUUUACUUUUUAAAAUCUUUUAUAUAUAUAUAUAUAUAUAUAUAUAUAUCUAUCUAAUUUGUUGCCAAAACAUAGUUAGAAAUAUUAAUGAUGUAUUGAUUUCUAAAUUUCUCAGACCACAAAGACACUCCUUAAAACAGUUACAAGCAUGUUCAGGUUAAUCUUUUCUAAGAUUCAUUACUUCAAAGAGACAAAGAUGUAAUGUUAUUUAUCCUAGAAUUUAUUUUGUCUUUAUAUUGUGAAGUUUCACGUUUUCAUAGUAUUAAUAUAUUAAGUCAUAGUAAAAGGGUUUUACGAUUAACCAACCUUUUCUACCUUGAUAUAGUUGAUAAAUCAUAUUAUUUAUUUUGAAGCAUUAUUUCAAUUCUAUGAAAGUGUUUGAUAGUGUAGUGGAUACUAUUUUAGACAAAAGAAACGAACAUCAUUCUAAACCUUGACAGAAUAAACUAGAAAGUAAAGCUUAUCGGCCGUUGACAUUGAAUGCUGUAGCACAGCUUACAGAUAAAUGCAUCACAAAGCCUUUGAUUCAUGAUUUGACAUUGUUUUCUUAAAGUAUUCACUCAGAAAAGGUACAGAAUAUGAACUUGAACUGAGAAGCUGAAUAUAUUGCAAAAAUGAGAAGAAACUGAGAAAGAAAUGGAGAGAGAGAAUGUUGCAUUAGUCAUCAAAGCAGUUUAAGGGGCAGUGAUACAGUGAUAGAUCAUGUAGAAGAUCAAAUAUAUCUUGAAGAAAAAUACACAAACUUGUACCUGAAUAAUUGUCCUUUGUCCAUUUCGGUCCUUUGUUCACAUAUCCGGAAGAUUACAGGAUAAUAUUAUGUAUUUGCUCAUAAUUGCUCUUCACAUGGAUACACAGAAACAAACAUUGGCUCUAGUUUGUUAAGAAACAUCAGAUGGCAUCUUGUAAUUCCUAUUCCUAAUGACAUUGAGCCAGCAGUUAAGGAUUCUAUGAUAGGCAUUUCAUGAUGCAUCAAAAGCCAAUCUUUCCUAUCACCAUGAUGUGUAAAUAUCUCUUGUAUAUGAUUAUUUAAAAAGUAAUGAUAUCUAUCACAGUUCCAGCGAGGAGCCAUCCAGAAUUAGUCCAUGAUAUAAUUAUCUUCAGGAAGCUGGAAGGAUUUGAAAACAAAGGUUUUGAGCAGCUCCACAUACUUAAAUUAUACAACGUCAUUACUGCCAUUUCUUUAACAAAUAUCCAGGUUUUGAUAUUAACUCUACAAAACAAAGAGUAUGAUAGAGAGAAAAGGCUGCUCUGCAAGCUGACAAGAGAAACCACAAUGCACGAAACCACAAUGCUGCUCCAAAUCUCAAUUAAAAAUGGACUGUCGUCUUAAGAUAAUAUGUUUCUUUCUGGUAAUCAAUUCAUUACAUUACUCUACUUUCCUGCCAAAUGAUUACUAUACGUAUACUGUAAUAAUACUAAUUUCCUGAUAAUGCAUUUUUACUCUACUUUCCUGCCAAAUGAUUACUAUACGUAUACUGUAAUAAUACUAAUUUCCUGAUAAUGCAUUUUUACUCUACUUUCCUGCCAAAUGAUUACUAUACGUAUACUGUAAUAAUACUCCUUUCCUAUCUGGUUGUUUACCUUAUUAAUAAUACUCCAUGAAGGAUCACCCUAUGGCAACACUGCCAGUGGUAGAGUCAGCAUUCAAUGUAAAUUAAGAAACGUCAUAAACAUUUUGGAAACCGAAACACACAGUAGUACUUCGUACAACUGUUGCGUGUACCAUGUUUGACCACUGACUUUGUAAAACAACAUUUUGCACACAAACAGAUCCAAAAGCCAUAGUGUCUGUAUAGUAGGUGGUGCAACACUUCUUGGUGCUCUUGAGACUGCUCCCUCCAAACAGAGAUAUAGUUACAAGAGAGAGACUAGAACAUUACAAUUUGUCUCGUAUGUUUCUUGAAAAUGUAUGGAAACACACACAGGGAUAACUGCACAAAUAUUAUAAAUGAUUUAUUAGUGAUUUCUGAUCAUUUUAGUGUUUGGUGACUCCCUUAGAUGAUCGGUAACAAUUAAAUAUAGAAAACAAGCCCAUGAACAUAUGAAUUAUCAUUACAUGCAGAUGUUGUGACAUCACCUCAAGUGCAAUUGCAUGUUUUCAACAUAAGUAGUAUUCACCCCCCAAAAAAUUAGUAUUGCAUUUUUUUAUACUAGCUUCUUUACAUCUGCAUGCGCUUUUCUCAAUAAUAUCAACGGAAAAAAGUCCACUUCCUUCUCUUUUUUGGGGCUUUUGAUUAAGUCUUCUAAAGCUUUCUUUUACACAAUCCAAACAAAGGUAGCCAUCACACUCUUGUUGUGACGUGAUGAACAUCAUUUAAAUGUACAGUAUAAGGGUGAACAAGUAAUGGUUAAAAGUAAAGGGUUCGUUUAGGACUUUUUUGUGUGUGUUUUUGCAGUGUUAACAUUCUAUUAUGGUUUGAAGUGGUGAUAGAAAUACAGCUUACUUUUUAUUAAGAUAAUGAUUAUAAAGUUGGUGAGUGAUACAGGAUAAACGUGAGACUACGGCUGGAAUUCAGUCAAACCCACACAGCAGAAAAACAUUAUACAUUUUUUUAACAUACAUUUUCUGGCAGAAAAAGUAAGGAAAGGGUGCAUUUUUACAAGACAUGACCUAAGUGAUUUUACCACCAAUGUGGUUUUCUGCGGUAAAGGUUUGAUUUAAUACACCCUUAAUAACCAUGCAUACUAAAUAUGGCUAUUUAACCUAAUCCAUAUCUAUAUAAUGAUUUGGUUAUUUGGGCUAUUUUUACUUUUCACUCAUGUUUAAUUUAUCAUUACAAUAUUGUGUUUGUGUAAUUUAUUUAUAUAUAUUCAUACGGCCCUUCAUUACAUUUUGUUUAAUGUUCACUCACUCUAUUUUAAGAUAUUAAAAGAUCAUCUACAUGUACAUUUGUAGAAGCUUGAAUAUGAUUAAUACAUACAUUGAUCUACAGAAAUGUCUUGAUAUUGGUGUUGUUAAAUUUUUCACAGGGUUGGGGUAGGGCUUUAAAUACUGUGUUCAAAAACCUGUUUCUAGGUGUACAUAUAAUAUAUUGUUAGUAAACAUCAAUUGGAGCCUGUUAUUCCUGUAAAUAGAAGACUAAAAUCAAUUUUUAACUUGCUGAUUUGUACUUUAAUGUAAGACGAAGGCAAAGCAAUUUCAUGGUUUCAGCUGAUAUGACAACGAUAAUGUAAAUAUUUUGAAGAGUACCACUCGAUCACUUAGUAAAACAAACAUUUGUUUUCAUUGUGUUUUAAUGACUCAAAUCAGAAUGUCUUUAGUUUUUGCCAAAUUGUAAAGUAUUAUCAAAGGAAGAAUGUAGUUGAUGUAAUUUUGCAGCACAUGCCUGAGUUAGCUGAGACAUGUAAGCAGGAGUAUAAGCAUUUAUCGUUCUACUGAUUGGAAAGAUACACAUACAUGUGCACGCACACACACACACAUUUACCUGCAUGCACACACACACACACACAUAAACCUGCAUGCACACACACAUAA